UUGCAACGAGCUCAUUUUUGUUUCCUCUCUAGAUUUAAUUCUUUGUUUGUUUCUUUCUUUCCUUUGGCUUGUCCGCUUUUAAUCUCUCAUCCGAUAUUAAACAGAUAGUUUUCGCUGUUUGUUAGAGUUUUACGUGCAACUUUGUCAUGACGUUUGUCCGAUCUAUGAGAAGUUUGCGGAUGUUUUAAUGAUCGUUAAAGCGCGUUAACGUGUUUAAUUGGUUAAUUGGUCGCCAUGCUGUCGGUGGAGAAGCAGCUGUUUCGGCUCGGCGCUCUGACGGCCGGAGGUGAGGGUGGUGGUGGUGAUGAUGAUGAGGAUGAGGAGGAGGAUGAAGGCGCCUCCGCCGUGGUCUCGGACCUGGCGCUCACGGCCGUGCACGCGCUCCUGUACUCGCUGCUGUUCCUGUUCAUCUACUCGCAGCUCUGGCUCAUCCUGCACCACGGACACAAGCGCCUGAGCUACCGGAGUGUCUUCCUGUUCCUGUGUCUGCUCUGGUCGGCCCUCAGGACCACUCUCUUCUCCUUCUACUUCAACAACAUGGCCCAGGCGAGCCAGCUGCACCCGCUGCCCUUCUGGCUGUUCUACAGCUUCCCCGUGUGCCUGCAGUUCUGCACCCUCUGCCUCCUCAACCUCUACUUCGCCCAGAUCAUGUGUAAAGCCAAAGCUAAAUAUUCCCCGGAACUCAGCAAAUACAAGACGCCCCUGAAGUUGGCCUUCUUGUUCAUCAGCGUUUUCUUCCUGGUGGUGAAUGUUACAUGCUCUCUGAUGGUGCUGACCCAGAAGAAUAUGGAGGACGGCGAUGCAAAGCACAUAGUUCUGGCUCGGGUGCUUAUCAACGACAGCCUAUUUGUGCUGUGCGCUAUCUCACUCGCCAUCUGCCUCUGUAAACUCGCCAAGAUGUCCUCAGCUAACGUUUAUCUGGAGUCUAAGGGGACAUCAGUGUGUCAGGCUACAGCCACCGGAGCAGCAGUCGUCCUGUUGUACACAUCGAGAGCGUGUUAUAAUCUCGCCGUAGUGGCCGUAUCUCCAAAAGACAGGGCCACUCCAUUCAGCUACGGCUGGUACUCCUUCUCCGACCAGGCUGAUGUUGAGAAGAUCAGCGGGAAGGCCUACAUGGUGUUCGGGAUCGUCCUGUUUUUCUGGGAGUUCGUCCCCACCACUCUCCUCGUUGUGUUUUUCAGAGUUCAGAGGCGCAAUCAGAACCUGGCACCAGGCGGCAUGAUUCACAGUCACAGUUUCAACUCCAGGGCGUAUUUCUUUGACAAUCCAAGGCGCUAUGAUAGCGACGAUGACCUGUCCAGAAGCGCCAGCUCCAGGAGUGAACGGGGAAGUAGUACAGUGUCUUCAACAUCUCAGCUAGGUGCGAGUUGGUACGGUUCCAUCCAGAAGACGAGCAGCUCUACGUUCACCGGACCCCAGACCUCCACUGCUCCACUUCUCCUCUCCUAUGGGAGCGUCCAGAUCAGCCAGCACCACAACUACUACUCCACCCCGCAGGACUACUACUCCACCCCUCAGACUCACAACACACCCACGCCACAGAACUGACCAACCAGUAUGACUGGUGCAGGAGAUAUGUAUAGUAUGUUAAACCUUCCUGUAUUUUCAAAUAUUUAGCACUUCAAAAAAAGAAAGGGGGACCAGACAGCGAGAUGAAGUGGUAGGAAGGUCAGCUGGUGCUACGUCUGCUCAAUGUUGCUACUUUGCCAAGAAUCCAACUAUCAUGUGGACCAAUCAUGAUCCCUGAUCUGCACAAUUCCCCAGGCUACUUGGUGAUUACCUGCAGCUUUUCUGGUCAUAUGAAUGACAUGACGAGACACCUUAAAACUGAUGCACUCAGAGAUCCCUGUAGGAAAGUGUUCUCCUGGAAGGAACCGUGGCCAAGUAGCCAAAAUGGGAAAGAUGCUUCCUUAGUGCCAAAAUGGACGCAAGGAUAAAGCUUGAAUGGAUGUUCUUGGAAAGGUCUAUUUUUAUAGUUGUGAAUGAGUACAUAAGUGUAUACUGUAUGUGUUACAGAAUUAACGGUACUAACAUCUCACUACUAAGCAUGUUCUUCAACAUGGGUGCCAUUUUAUAUAUCUAUAUAAUUUUAAGGGAUGCACCAAUAUGAUACCAAGUAUCUCUGGUGUAACACAGCCUGGCUUUGCAUUGUAUCGUUUUUGGGUUUUAUUUUACGUAACAUUACUUAAUCUUUGCACAGGGCUACGUAACACCUUAAUGUCACGUUGUCAAUUUAACGUAGUAUCAUCUCAAAUUUUGAAGUCACAUACUAGGAAUAAUGUAUCACAACAAAGGAGGCUAAUCUGGACAUAUAAAGCCGGUCAGGACGCAAAGUUAUUUUAACAAGAUACUGUACACUUACUGGCCACUUUAAUAGGAAUAUGCAUCUGUGCAUUCCCAUGACAGUGACACAACUCGGCUGUCAGUUUCAAAAUGUACACGAUGUGAACUUCUCAACAUGUUUUCAUUCUGAGAUGCUUUUCUGCCUAACAUAGUCCUAAAGAGUGGCUAUUUAAGUUACUCUAGCCUACUUGUUAGCUCGACAAGGCAUUUCUGCUCUCAGACCUGCCGCUAACUGGCUGUAUGCAUUUUUAAAAACUAUAUAAUUAAUACACGAUCUGGAUAAACUGUAUUUUAACCCAAAGCAGAAAAAACGUUACUAAGUGGAUCACUGUCUGGUGUCAGCUGAUUAUAUGGGUUUCUGAUAUUAGUGUUGUACAGUAUAAAAAAUGGAUAUGUGUUUAUCCUUAAUUUUUUUUGUUGCGUGUGUAAGCAAUAUAAUGCCUAUCAGGUCAUAAUUCCUCGCUCCAUUUUUCAGUAAGGGUCACUGAACCGAGACCAAACUAUUGGCACACACUUAUAAGGACUGACCCACUUUGGUCCUUUCACUAACUGACCCAAAGCUUUCACCUCACAGUAAAGAGGAAACGUUCCCUUUGAUCAGAUACAGUUUGUGUCCAAAGUGUUCUUAAAUUUUUGCAACAGAAGAUUUACAAAAAAAAAAUUUCUUUCUUCUUUUUUUUUUUGGUACAGCGACACCAUUUAGCUUGGAAGCCCCUGGUUAUAAGGAUGCUUUAAAAUUGGCAUAAUUAAUCAUUUCCACAGUCCUAAAUCAGGUUUACUCGCUCUUUAAAGUAAACUACAGUGGAACUUUGCAGAGAGGAAACUCCAUUUUCAAAAUGGCCACCCACAGUGUAAUGUCGUUACCCAGAAGCUGAAUAUUUUUCCUCUAAACAGUGCAUCACUGGUAUGGUGGCAAAAGGGGUGACCUACUCAAUAUUAAGCGAGUUGUCAUAAUGUUGUGGCAAAUCUCUGACCAUUUGGUUUACAUCACAUCCAGCUCACGCAGCCAUGUGAAUUAGCUUAUUAGCUGUUACGACAGAGCCAUAUUAUAUUUUAGAGCUGCUAUUAUACAAAACUAAUCAACACCUUCUCACCAAGCAGAUUCAAGGAUAGUUUUUUUUUUUUUUUUUAAGCUGCUUUAGCCUUAUUAUGACAGCACAAAACUGAAUAAGCAAAGGUUGCACACCAUGUUUUUAUGACUGACUACAACUUGGAUAAUGGGGAAAACCGUGAAUGUCUGAUAACUUAGGGUUAUCAGAAAAAACACAAAAUACCAACAAUCAGUGACUAAAGGCAAUCAUGACUGUAUUUAUCAUUCCCUUUUCCUCCCCAUGUUGGUAUCCUGCACUGUUUUUUUGUUUUUGUUUACACGUUUUACUGUAUGUGUUUGGUUUUUAUCUUUGUUUCUGCAGGGUUUGUGAAUGUUUGUUUUGUAAGAAAAAACAAUUUGCGUCUUUGUUUUAAACCCAGGUGAAAGGGCACAGCUACGUUCACCAACAGAUGUUGCACAGGAACGCUUUUCUGUUUCGUAUGGUCUGCAAGUUUGCGUAUCUGCUCCGUUUGUGGCUCAGUAAUAUCCAUCAUAUCUGCUUUUUUUUCUGUUGAAAAUACCAGGAAAGCCUUUAUGGUUUCUUUUAAAUGUUUGUUUUCGUUUUCAAUGAAUGUAAUACCUUUUAUCCAUUUUCAUAGUUUUAAAAUGUGAGCACUACCAAGAAAAAGAAAUUAAAUAAAACAUUACUGCACUGUU